GGAUACUGGGUGCCCCCAGCUGACCUCUUGCCCCCUCUGAUGAGAGCCAUGAAGAAGCGGUUCGUGGUGCUGGGCCUGUUGGUCGUGGUUCUGGUACUUGUCAUCAUUGGUCUCUGCCUCUGGCUGCCCUCCAGAUCCAGGCAGCCCGAACAUGUGUAUGCCAGGGCAGCUGUGGCCACGGAUGCUAAGCGCUGCUCGGAGAUUGGGAGGGACGUGCUGCAGGAAGGAGGUUCAGCGGUGGAUGCAGCCAUUGCGGGUCUGCUGUGUGUGGGGCUCAUGAAUGCUCAUAGUAUGGGCAUUGGGGGUGGCCUGUUCUUCACCAUCUAUAAUAGCACUACACGAAAAGCUGAGAUCAUCAAUGCCCGGGAGGUGGCACCUAGACUGGCCUACGCCAGCAUGUUCAACAGCUCCAAGCAGUCUGAGGAAGGCGGGCUGUCAGUGGCAGUUCCUGGUGAGAUCAGGGGCUAUGAACUGGCACACCAGCGGCAUGGGCGGCUACCCUGGGAUCGCCUCUUUCAGCCCAGCAUCCAACUGGCCCGCUAUGGCUUCCCUGUGGGCAAGGGCUUGGCAGCAGCCCUGGACAGAAAACGGGAUAUCAUUGAGCAGACUCCUGCUUUGUGCAAGAUUUUCUGCCGGGAUGGGAAGGUACUUCGGGAGGGAGAGAAAGUGACCAUGCCACAGUUAGCAGACACGUACCAGACGCUGGCCCGAGAAGGUGCCCAGGCUUUCUACAACGGGAGCCUCACGGCCCAGAUUGUGAAGGACAUCCAGGCGGUUGGGGGCAUUAUGACAAUUGAGGACCUGAACAACUACCAUGCAGAACUUAUUGAGCACCCGCUGAGCGUCAGGCUCGGGAACUCAAUGCUGUAUGUGCCCAGUGCCCCACUCAGUGGGCCUGUGCUGGUUCUCAUCCUUAACAUCCUCAAAGGGUAUAACUUCUCUCGGGCAAGCGUGGAGACCCCUGAACAGAAGGGCCUGACAUACCACCGCAUUGUGGAGGCUUUCCGGUUUGCCUAUGCCAAGAGGACCCUGCUUGGAGACCCAAAGUUUAUUGAUAUGACUAAGGUGAUCCACAACAUGACCUCCGAGUUCUUCGCUGACCAGCUCCGAGCCCGUAUCUCUGAUGACACCACUCAUCCAGCCUCCUACUAUGAGCCUGAAUUCUACACUCCUGAUGAUGGAGGCACUGCUCACGUGUCUGUGGUCUCAGAGGAUGGCAGUGCUGUGUCUGCCACUAGCACUAUCAAUCUCUACUUUGGCUCCAAGGUCCUUUCUCCAGUCAGCGGCAUCCUGUUCAACAAUGAGAUGGAUGACUUCAGUUCCCCCAACUUCACCAACCAGUUUGGGGUACCUCCUUCACCAGCCAAUUUCAUCAAGCCAGGGAAGCAGCCACUCUCAUCUAUGUGUCCGUCAAUCAUCGUGGGUCAGGACGGGAAGGUCCAGAUGGUGGUGGGAGCUGCCGGAGGCACACAGAUUACCACAGCUACUGCAUUGGCCAUCAUCCACAGCCUGUGGUUUGGCUAUGAUGUGAAGCGGGCUGUGGAGGAGCCCCGGUUGCACAAUCAGCUUCUGCCCAACACCACAACGCUGGAGAAAGACAUUGAUCAGGCAGUGGCUGCAGGGUUGAAAACCCGGCACCACCAAACUGAAGUCACUUCCACCUUCAUUGCUGUGGUCCAGGCCAUUAUCCGCACAGCCAGUGGCUGGGCAGCGGCUUCAGACUCCAGAAAAGGUGGGGAGCCAGCCGGCUACUGAGUGCUUGAGAUGGGCAAGAAUGACCAGCAAUCCAGGAACAAGAUAUUCACCAGAACCAAGAGUGGGACUUUGGGGGAUGCAUUCUCUCUAUAAGUGGCAGAGCAAUGUAAUAAAUGGGGGUUCUGUGCCAGGAUCUGGGCAAGCAGCCUUGCUGGCCAGGCUUCCCACUCCCUGGACCUCAGUGUCUUGUGUGUGAAAAUGGAGCCAUCUAGCUGGAG